AUGAACAUUCAUUCGUUUUGUUUUUACAUAUUCGCACUCUCUCUCCUGUUUCUCUCUCUCUCUCUCUCUCUCUCUCUCUCUCUCUCUUCUGUUUCUCUCUCUCUCUUCUGUUUCUCUCUCUCUCUCUCUCUGUUUCUCUCUCUCUCUCUCUCUCGUGUUUUCACUCUCUUUCCCCUGUCUCUUCUGUUUUCUCUCUUUCCCCUCUCUUUCCCUUUCCCCUCUAUAUCUUCCAUUCUCUCUUCUCCUUCUCCCUUUCCCCUCUCUUCUCCUUCUCCCUUUCCCCUCUCUUCUCCUUCUCCCUUUCCCCUCUCUUCUCCUUCUCCCUUUCCCCUCUCUUCUCCUUCUUCCUUUCCCCUCUCUUCUCCUUCUCUCUUCCCCUCUCUUUUCCUUCCUCCAUUUCCCCUCUCUUUUCCUUCCUCCAUUUCCCCUCUCUUUUCCUUCCUCCAUUUCCCCUUCUUCUUCUCUCCAUUUCCCCCUUCUUCUCUCUUCCCCCUCUCCUUUCUCUCUGUCCCUCCUCUCUCUCUUCCUUCCCCCUCUCUUCUCCUUCUCUUUUCCCCUCUUCUCCUUCUCUCUUUCCCCCUCUCUUCUCCUUCUCUCUUUCCCCCUCUCUUCUCCUUCUCUCUUUCCCCCUCUCUCUCUCUCCCUCAGGCUCCUUUAUUUCAGUUAAUAAAACUCCAGUUUUUGAAAUCCCUCAAAUAUUGCAAUCUACACAUUAGCGAAAGUGAAGACAUAACUCCAGAAAAAAUACCUGUAGCUUGUGGAGAGAUUGACAAAAGAUGGGCUCUUCACCCCGCCCGUCAUCCACUUUUCAAAACUCGUCAUCAGAAAAAGAAAAAAGAAAAGAAAAGAAAAAUCGGGUGGGGAGAGGGUGUAAGGAAAUGUUUUUCCCUCUUCUUUCUUCCUUUCUACUUUGCUGACUCUUUCAAAACAAUCACUCAAUAA